CUUAUUGGAAUAAUACCUUCGAUAUUCGGGCGCGGUCAGGACAACCCCUAUCGAUAUCGCGUCUAAACUCACGACAUCGACGUUCGAUCGCACCGAGCUUAUUAGAUAUUUAUAUUAACAUCGACAUUCCUUUACAACCUCCGGAGCAGUCAUGAUGGAGACGCCCAUCAAGAUGGAACAGCCUGGUUCCGCGGCUCCAACUAUCGCGGCCCAGACCCAUUCUACACCGGAGGCCAUAUCGACACCUGCCAAUUCGGUCGACACCAAGGACAGCAUGUCUCCCUCGCCGUCCUCGGCCCAGUCGGCCACACAGUCCAGCGCCAACUCGAGACGUCCGCCGCGCAAGAGCACGCUCACCCAGCAGCAGAAGAACCAGAAGCGGCAGCGCGCGACCCAGGAUCAAUUGACGACCCUGGAGAUGGAAUUCAACAAGAACCCUACCCCUACCGCCAACGUUCGGGAGAGGAUAGCUGAGGAGAUCAACAUGACCGAAAGGUCUGUUCAGAUCUGGUUCCAGAACCGACGCGCCAAGAUCAAGCUUCUUGCUAAGAAGAGCCUGGAAACUGGUGAGGAUAUCGACUCGAUCCCCGAGUCUAUGCGAGCAUACCUGGCCAUGCAGGCCAUGGAAUCUGGUAAGGGCCUCGGCGGUCCUUACAUGGGACGUACCGGGCUGCUACCUUACGGAUCGAUGAUGUUGGGAGGCGAACAGGGUGGACAGGGGAAAGUCCUGAUACACCAUCUGACUUGCCGGUCUUUGAGCAUCGGAAAGUGGACGCGUGUUGGUCAGAACACCAUGGAUCUAAUCAUCUUCUACUCUCCCGAAAAGUGCACCAUGACCUACUACAUCAACAACGACCAAGCGGGAUAUAAAAUCGAGUACAACUUCAACGCGAUCAAGAACAUCUACCUCGAGAACCCCGAGGGUGACGCGACGAAGCUUGGUGGAAUCGUCAUCGAGUUGAACCGACCUCCUAAUUUCUUCAUGGACUCGUCUCCCAACUCCAAUGGCUUUUUCCAAUGCAACGACUUUACUGAGGACCAGCAAGCUACGCACUGCCUCGUCCACCAUCUUGGUGGUAACCCCAAGGUCCUUAGCGGCCAGCUUGCUAAGCUCGCGUCUCUCGAGUCUUUCACAAACCGACACAACCCGAAUCCUUUCGACAUGAGCCACGCGUUGUCCGUCUCUGCUCCCGUGUCGCCGACUAACCGCCCUGCUUCGCAACCGAACUUUGGACCGCCGCACGUCGGUAUGUACCAGGAAUCGCAAUGGGGAAUCAACCCUAUGCAUGCUGGUAUGCGUGCUCCGGGUCACAAGCGCCAGCGCAGUAGGUCGGUGCCUACGGCUGUGGACUUCUCCAUGUUCCAGAACCCAAUGCCGUCGUUCUACAUCCAGCACCCGGGCGAUAACCAGACUCAGCCGCACAGCCCUAACAUCUACGCGCCUAUUCCACAACAGCCCAACGGCCUUAACAACGUUGGACCUAAUCUGCGCAUCGAUACUCAGGCUUCGUACGGCAUGGAUCUAAGACAGUACCCCCUAUCCGCUGCUACCACAGCUCCGUCAGAAUAUUCUAGCCCGAACUUCUUCUCCCAGGGCCCUGAAAACACGCCUCUGCCGGCGUCGAGCUUCGGUACCCCCUACGGCGGAGCAUUCCUCUCGCCGCUGCCUCAAAUCCCGCAAUCUGUGUCUCCGUUGUCCUACACUGGCCACGGCGACCCGGCUAUCGUCGAACAAUCCCCUCCUCUCUCCAUGCUUCAGCGACCAGCCUCUGCCGACAUUUACGGCAUGGGCGAGUCUGCUAUUUCUGAUGACGGACACGGCCUGAACGAGAUGUACUCGAAACAUACCAUUAACCUUCCCAUGCACUCGCACUCUCCCGGUUUCAUGGAAGCCAACCAAGCCGACCUCGACAUGAACCAACUAGUUCAGUUUGACACUGUCGACCCGUCGAGCUUGUCUCCCGAGAGCAUUCAGCAUCACCAAUGAUUUCGAUAUAAUUCUAGUUACGCGUUUUCCGAUUCUUCUAAUAGCCGCCGCGGUCGGCUUAGCUUUGCUCUCCUACUUGUGGCGUUACGGGACCUUAUACCUCUUGUCGCUUUU